UUACCCAUCGGGUCGAGUUGUUACAAGUCCGCUGUCCAAGUCCAAUAAUUCUAAUUAUAUAAAAUACUCUUAUAUAUCUAUUUUUGUGGUGCAGGUGCGCACACAUUAGGAGUCGCAAGGUGCUCGUCGUUUAACAGUCGUCUCAGCAAUCCAGAUCCAACCAUGAUGGACACAAACUUCGCCACCUCACUCUCCAAGACCUGCGCCGCCGGCGACAAAGCCGAGCAGCCCUUCGACAUGACGAGGAACACCUUCGACAACCUCUACUACAACACCCUGUCCAGAAAGACAGGGCUGCUUUUCUCCGACCAGACCUUGUACUCCAACCCCAAAACCAGAAACGUGGUCAACGGCUAUGCUUUCAACCAGGCCAUGUUCUUCCUCGACUUCCAGCAGGCCAUGGUUAAGAUGGGCAGGCUCGAUGUUAAGGAAGGGUCUCAAGGCGAAGUCCGACAGAAUUGCCGCAAGCUUAAUUAAAUUAGAACAGCCAAUGAAGGAAAUUAUUAUUAAUGAUAUAUUUAUGUGUAUCCAUGAUCGAUUAGUAUGAUUUUACUGAUUAAUAUAUACAUAUGUAUUAUUAUUAUGUACAAGUUUGAAGUUUUCAACAUGUAAAAUCAAAUGAACGAUUAUGCUUCUUGUGUCUAGGCUGAAACCAUCUUUGUGAAAUGAAUAAAUAUUUUCUUCUUCAUGGAUGAAUGAAUAUAUAUUUUUCUAAGAGAAAUUAUUGUCUACACCGGGAGUAUCAAGUGGGAUUGAUGAGGUGGUAUUCCCAACCAAUAAGUAAAUUUCACUUUUAAAUUAGGGCGAUUAUAAUAAAGUUAGGGCGAGUAUUAGCCAUUUAGAAAAAAAGCAUCCCCAAAUUCGCAAUUAAUUACCCUUUCUCUCUCCCUUUCAUCUAUUUUUCUUUCCAUUUUGAUUUUCUUUCCACCAGAACCCUCCCUGUUGUAUUCUGAAGCAACCAAAAACCUCCGCAGCCAUCACCACCAUCCCUCUGGCCUCUUCCUCUCGCCGCCGCCGCCACCAUCACUUCUCUCUUCGCUCUUCCUCCAUGCAUUCCACUUGUGCCACUACCAUCCCUCCUGCCGCUGUCCUCCUCCAGCGCCUAUCACCACCACCCUACUAUCUCCAGCCGCCGCCUUCCUACGAUCACCAUCCUCCAGGGUCGUUGCCACCACCCCCUGUCGUUGCACUGCCCUUCUCCCCAAAGCCCCUCUCGCGGUGAGUUUUUAAUUUCCAGUUCUAACUUUUUGAUUUCCAGAUCUUGAUUUUUGUACCACUGCACUGAUAUUUGUACCACUGCACUAAUAAUCACAUCUGAAAGGGGAUUAGAAGGAGAUUCUCUGGGGGAUUAGAAGAGGGAGGAGGCUAAUUUUUGAAAGAGACACAGAAUUGGCUGAGAGGCAAUUUUAUUGGCGGCGAAUUUCUUGGAAAGGGACAGAGGCAUCGCGCGGGGCGGAAUUAUUUGACGAAAGAAAAAGGGCACAGGCAGCAAGAGCAAACGCGAGCAGGCGAAUUUCGAUCGACUUCUCCAAGGUUUGAGCUGAGUUCAACGAGAGCGAUUAGUUGGUUGGAUUAUCUGAACCGAACUAGUUGUGUAUUGUUGAUUUAGAACAUGAUGAUCAAAACCCUAUUGUUUUAUCUCAAUUUCAUCAUGAACUAAACCCCGAUUUCUGGGGGAAACACCAUAGGAUGUAGCUAAUUCUUGAUUUGAUGGAUUGAUUCAUAUUUCUUUUCUUCCAAUCUCUAUUGCAUGAAAUUACUUAAUGCUUUGUGUUGACUGGCCACCAAUACAAUGAAUCGUAGUUAAUUAGGUUAUUAGCGACAGUGAAACCCUAAUAACUGAACAUAUUUCAUGUGACAUAGUAACUUAUCGAAGCGACAGUGGAUUAAAUAAGGUGUUAUGCGGUCUUAAAUAGGAUAUCGGUAUUCAGGCUAAAUAAUUAAGUCCUUGAGCUACGACAGUAGGAUUUGAAUUAAUUGUUUAGUACGUAGUAAUUCCCGACAGGGAUAGCUAGCACAUUCGUGAUAUCCUGGCUAUAGAGAGUUGGAUUAAAUUGAUUGGAAUGUGUGAAUUAAUCUGGAUAGGAUAGGUAGUGAAUUCCGGUGUUUCUCCCAGAACUUUCUCCCAUUGAUUUUCCCCGACAACUUUAAUUUGCUUGUUUUGUUUAAUUAUUAGCUAGUAGUUUCUUCACUCAAACCAUUUUCACCUAUAGUUUGCUCCAUAGAAUUGAUAGAAUAUAAGGUUGUACCAGUCCCUGAGAGACGAUACCCAAACUUUCCGGUUUUACUACAAGAUAGGAAUUGGCAUUACGCUUUUGCCCUAUCAAUAAGAUCCAACAUAACCU